AUGUUUUUCCGGCAUCGAAGAAUUGAAAUAGGCGGGAUGAUAUAUAUGUUUGUGGUAAGGCAACCGAGGGAGGGGAGCCAUACAUGGGCAAGUAGUACAAAAGAAACCAUGUUAAUCGGCGUCAAUAUGUGUAUGCACAGUGUGACCGGACGAAUUCUCGAAUUGCCCAACAAAGAUGGAGGUCUCUUAAGUAUCAGCAUACAUAACCCCACCCUUGUGCAACAUAACGCACUCAACCAUCGCUUGCGGGAGAGAAAAUUGGAUAAGGCAUCUGAAAUUGAAUCAACUUCGGGACGCAGCUAUCCCGGCAGGCCCUUCAUGUUGGGAAUACCGUUCAGGGCACCGCCACCGACUCGAGGUGACAGCCAGAAGGGACUCAGAAUUCAAGUGGUUUGUACUCCGUACUCCGUAGUAGAAUAG